CCGUUGGUCGUCGUCAAAGUCGGACGUCAUGUCGUGUAAAUUUAUCUUUAGUGUUCUAGCAUUUGUUUUGUUGUGUGAUGCUCAAGCUAGAGCGCAGAAAUAUACAGUACCUCCUGCAAAAUUAGAAGCUAUCUAUCCUCAAGGUCUCAGAGUUUCAAUACCAGACGAUGGCUUCUCCCUUUUCGCUUUCCACGGUAAUCUCAAUCAAGAAAUGGAAGGCUUAGAGGCCGGACAAUGGUCAAGAGACAUAACCAAAGCAAAAAAUAAUAGAUGGACGUUUAGAGAUAGGAAUGCAAAAUUGAAGCUUGGAGACACAAUUUAUUUUUGGACUUACGUCAUCAAAGAUGGAUUAGGUUAUAGACAAGAUAACGGAGAAUGGACCGUAACUGAGUUUGUGAACGAAGAUGGAACCCCAGUUGAUGGACAAGCGACGUUAUCACCAAACUUCUCACCAGUGGUAACGCCAUCUGGCACGACCGCUCCAAACAUCCCAACGAGAGUGACAACAUCCACCCCGCCCUGCCAAGGUUCUCCAACAGCCGUGUUUGGUCGCACUAACAUUUGUAAAGGAGCUUUACUUUUCAAUGAAGAAUUUGAAAAGAACAAUAUCAAAGAUUUAGUUAAUUGGGACCCGGAAAUUAAAUUUCCUCAAGAGCCGGACUAUCCAUUCAACGUGUACAUGGUAGAUGGUACUCUCGGCAUAGAAAAUGGAGUUUUGUCUAUAACACCAGUACUUCUUGAAUCAAAAUACCAUGAAGGUUUUGUUAAUGAACAACUAGAUUUAUCUAACACGUGCACUGGUCAAAUUGGGACGAGGGAGUGUAAACAAGUCGCCUCCGGAGCACAGAUCUUGCCACCAGUGAUCACAGGAAAAAUCACUACGAGGAACAAGUUCAAUUUCAAGUUCGGCAGAGUGGAAAUACGCGCUAAGCUACCCAGUGGAAGCUGGUUGACACCAGAGAUAACAUUAGAACCCCGCGACAAAGUCUAUGGUGAUAAGCGAUACGAGUCCGGUCUGAUAAGAAUCGCCUUUACCAAAGGGAAUGCGGUCUUCGCGAAGAAGUUGUACGGUGGCCCCGUACUGUCUGACUCUGAGCCCUAUCGUUCCUUCCUCAUGAAGGAGAAGAUAGGAAUUGACAGCUGGUACAAGGACUUCCACAACUAUAGCAUGGUCUGGAGACCAGAUGGCAUGCAACUGUUUGUGGAUGGAGAACAAUACGGCACCGUCGAUCCUGGCGAAGGAUUCUUCAAUACGGCGAGACAAAACGCGGUGCCUCACGCCAUGCAUUGGGUUAAAGGCUCAGUUAUGGCCCCACUGGACGAAAUGUUUUACGUCGCUCUCGGACUCCGAGUUGGUGGUAUUCAUGACUUUACCGACGGUCCAGAAAAGCCUUGGAAGAAUAAGAACAACAAGGCAACUGUCAACUUCUAUAAUGCUCAAGAAAAUUGGUUCCCGACUUGGUUCGAUGCUAACCUGAAAAUAGAAUACGUUAAAGUAUAUGCUUUACUGCAGAGCUUUAGACUAGACGUGAUGGCGGUUAGUUUUUUUCUCUUAGCACUAGUUUUUCUUUUGUCCUGUGAUACCGGGUUUUCCAAUCAAGGUUAUGUUGUACCAGAAAUAAAACUGGAAGCAUUACAUCCAAGAGGAUUUAGGGUCUCCAUUCCAGACGAUGGCUACACACAGUUCUCUUUCCACGGCAACCUAAAUGAGUUGAUGAGAGGUAUCGCUGUAGGAAAGAAUUGGGAAGUAGACAGAACCGAUUUUAUAAAUGGCAGUUGGAUAUUUACUGAUUUGGAUACAAACCUGAGACUGGGUGACAAAAUCUACUACUGGGCUUUUGUGGAGAAAAACAAUAUCCGUUAUAUACAAGGCAAUAGAGAAUGGACAGUAACCGACUUUGUGAGAGAUCGGAUCAACGUAAAUUCGGGUAAGGAACAGAAAAGGACAACGGAACAUGUGCCGUUGCCAGUGACAACAGGGCCCUCUACAACGUGCCUGCAGUCGCAGACAGCUGUGUUAGGACGCACUCGUAUCUGCAAAGGCGAUCUACUGUUCGGCGAAGAAUUUGGGGAUGACAAUAUAAAUCAGUUAUCUAAUUGGAUACCUGAAGUUAUGUUUCCGCAAGGACCGGAUUUUCCUUUCAAUGUAUAUUUGGCAGAUGGAACAAUGCGCCUUGAAAAUGGGUUAUUAAUAAUAUCACCAGUGCUGCUCGAGUCAAAGUAUCACGAGGGUAUCCUGAAUGAGGCUUUAGAUCUAAGUAAAAAUUGCACCGGCAUGAUCGGCACCUGGGAAUGUUCCAGAACAGCGUCUGGAGCGCAGAUAUUACCUCCAGUUGCAACUGGAAAAAUUACAAGCAAAAAUGUAUUUAAUUUCAAAUACGGUAGGGUUGAAAUUCGAGCUAAGCUGCCUGACGGGGAUUGGCUUAUGCCAGAAAUUAACCUUGAACCUCGAGAUAAUGUCUACGGCAACACAGACUACGGUUCCGGGCUCAUUAGAAUAGCAUUCGCCAAAGGGAACGCAGUUUACGCAAAGAAAUUGUACGGCGGACCAAUUAUGUACAAUUUGGAGCCUUACAGAUCGUUCCAUCUGAAAAAGAAAAACGGAAAAAAUAAUUGGAGCAGCGAUUUUCAUAAUUAUAGUCUAAUAUGGAAGCCAGAUGGUAUGGAGCUUUACGUGGAUGGUGAAUUGUAUGGAACGGUGGACCCUGGACAAGGAUUUCACACCAGCGCAACUCAGAAUGGGGUAACGCACGCCACACAUUGGACUCAGGGAACGGUCAUGGCACCGUUAGAUACAAUGUUUUACGUGAGUCUUGGUCUUCGAAUCGGUGGUAUCAAUGACUUCGAUGAUGUAUAUUUCAAGCCGUGGAAGAACAGAGCUCGCAAAGCCGUCCUAAACUUCUGGUCGGCAAAGGAUUAUUGGUUGGAGACAUGGUCUGACGCUGAUAUGAAGAUUGAUUACGUUCGAGUAUACGCUCUCUAAGAAAUACACGAAUGUGGCAGUCUCAAGAGGUUUAUAAACCAAAGAAUAAGCUAACAA